GGUUGGAUGAGGAUAUUAUAAGAAAGGAAAUUGGGUAGUGACGUGGGUAAUUUAAGGAGUAGAAACGGAAAAGUGGAAAUUGUGAAACCCAAUCCGAGUGGAUGAUGAAUAUGAAUAUGAUUAUGAUGAGAGGGGGUGUUGGAGUACUGUUUGGUAGUAAUAAUGAAAUAGUGAGAGUGAGAAACAAGGGUUCAAGAAUAAUAAAAAGGAAAGGAGUUGUUGUGGCGCGAAGUUCGUUGAAGUCAGAAGCAGAUGUUAUUGUGAUUGGGAGUGGCAUUGGUGGAUUGAGUUGUGCAGCACUUUUGGCAAGAUAUGAACAAGAUGUUUUAGUUCUGGAAAGUCACGACCAUCCUGGAGGUGCUGCCCACUGUUUUGAUGUGAAAGGAGGUUACAAGUUUGAUUCAGGCCCAUCUCUAUUCUCUGGGUUGAACUCAAGAGGCCCACAGGCUAACCCACUGGGUCAAGUUCUUGAUGCUUUGGGAGAGUCCGUACCAUGCGCUACUUAUGAUUCAUGGAUGGUGUAUCUACCUGAAGCUGAUUUCUUGUCACGCAUUGGGCCGACGGAGUUUUUGAAUGACCUUGACAAGUAUGGCGGUGGUAAAUCUGCCGUUGAAGAAUGGAAGAAGCUUCUAGAUGCUGUUAUUCCAUUGUCAACAGCUGCAAUGGCUCUUCCUCCUCUUUCUAUUCGUGGAGAUUUAGGCGUUCUUUAUACUGCUGCUGCUAGAUAUGGUCCUUCUCUUUUUAAUACAUUUUUCCAAAUGGGCCCACAGUCUGCUCUUCGUUCCACACAGCUUCUCAAACCUUUCUCUCAAAUACUUGACUCUUUGGAACUCAAAAAUCCUUUUCUACGCAAUUGGAUUGACUUACUUUCUUUCUUGCUUGCUGGUGUCAAAUCUGAUAGUAUACUCUCUGCUGAGAUGGUUUACAUGUUUGCUGAAUGGUACAAACCAGGUUGCAGUCUUGAGUACCCCCUUCAUGGAGCCGGCGCCAUUGUCGACGCUCUCCUACGAGGACUUGACAAGUUUGGUGGACGGAUUUCUCUUCAAAGUCACGUACAAAAGAUUGUUGUGGAAAAUGACAGAGCCAUUGGAGUAAAGCUCACUAGCGGUCAAUUCAUACGGGCUAAAAAGGCUGUUGUCAGCAAUGCAUCCAUGUGGGACACUUUAAAAUUGCUACCUGAACAACUUGUUCCAAAGUCUUACUCAGAUAGGAUUAACACCACUCCUCAGUGUGAAUCGUUCAUGCAUCUCCAUUUGGGAUUUGAUGCUAAGGAUAUACGCAGUGAUUUGGGAAUUCAUCAUAUAGUUGUAAAUGAUUGGGAAAGAGGAGUUGAUGCCGAUCAGAAUGUUGUGUUGAUAUCAGUGCCUAGUGUACUUAGUCCUAAUCUUGCACCUCUUGGGAAACAUGUGUUACAUGCUUAUCUGCCAGGAACUGAACCAUUUGAGUUGUGGGAAGGACUUGAUCGUAGGAGUGCUGAAUACAGAAAUCUUAAAGCUCAAAGAUCAGAGGUAAUGUGGAGAGCAGUGGAGAGAGCAUUAGGGCCAGGUUUCAAGAGGGAGAAAUGUGAAGUGAAGUUGGUUGGAAGUCCAUUGACACAUCAAAGGUUUCUUAGGAGGAACAGAGGAACAUAUGGAGCAGCUAUGCAAGCUGGUAAAGAUACAUUUCCUGGACAUUCAACACCUAUCCCACACCUUUAUUGUUGUGGAGAUUCCACUUUUCCUGGUAUUGGAGUCCCAGCUGUUGCUGCUAGUGGUGCAAUUGUAGCUAAUUCAUUAGUUUCAGUUUCUCAGCAUUCCCAGCUGCUUGAUGCAAUUGGAAUCUGAACUAAAUUCUCCAACUUAUACGUACACAUCAAAUCAAUAUUACACACUAUUUUUAUUUUCCUCUUACGUUAUGUAUAAUAUAAUACAAUAUUGAUCUCUAUAUCAUGGAUUCAGAUUCUCUCC